GUCAACCAUGAGAGCUGAGCCAGCGCAGCCGUUAGCAAGGUGGUUUCUGAUGUGCACCGUCCAGGUCAGAUUAGAGCUGGGGCACCGCGCCCAACUUCGCAAGAAGCCCACCACGGAGGGCUUCACCCACGACUGGAUGGUGUUUGUCCGCGGCCCUGAGCAAUGUGAGAUCCAGCACUUCGUGGAAAAGGUGGUCUUCUGGCUGCACGACAGCUUCCCCAAGCCCAGACGCGUGUGCAAGGAGCCCCCCUACAAAGUGGAGGAGUCGGGAUACGCUGGCUUCAUCAUGCCCAUCGAGGUGCACUUCAAGAACAAGGAGGAGCCGCGGAAGGUUUGCUUCACCUAUGACCUGUUCCUGAACCUGGAGGGCAACCCGCCCGUGAACCACCUGCGCUGCGAGAAGCUCACCUUCAACAACCCCACCACUGAGUUCCGGUACAAGCUCCUGAGGGCUGGCGGGGUGAUGGUAAUGCCCGAAGGAGCAGACACGGUGUCCAGGCCCAGCCCCGACUACCCCAUGUUACCCACAAUUCCACUCUCUGCCUUCUCUGACCCCAAGAAGACCAAACCGUCCCACGGCUCCAAGGACGCCAACAAAGAGAGCAGCAAGGCCUCCAAGCCACACAAGGUGACCAAGGAGCACCGCGAGCGGCCCCGCAAGGACUCGGAGAGCAAGAGCUCCUCCAAGGAGCUGGAGCGUGAGCAGGCCAAGGGCUCCAAGGACGCCGCGCGGAAGCUGGGCGAGGGCCGGCUGCCCAAAGAGGAGAAGGCACCACCGCCCAAGGCUGCCUUCAAGGAGCCCAAGAUGGCCCUGAAGGAGACCAAGCUGGAGAGCCUGUCCCCCAAGGGGGGGCCGCCAGCCCCGCCCCCACCCAAGGCUUCCAGCAAGCGGCCGGCUGCUGCGGACUCUCCAAAGCCCAGCGCCAAGAAGCAGAAGAAGAGCAGCUCCAAGGGGUCCCGGAGUGCCCCGGGCACCUCGCCCCGCACCUCCUCGUCCUUCUCAGAUAAGAAGCCGACCAAGGACAAGAGCAGUGCCCGGGGGGAGAAGGGGAAGGCCGAGAGCGAGCCCAGGGAGGCCAGGAAGGCCCUGGAGGUGGAGGAGUCCAACUCGGAGGACGAGGCCUCCUUCAAGUCAGAGUCCGCCCAGUCAAGCCCGUCCAACUCCAGCUCCAGCUCAGACUCCAGCUCAGAUUCGGACUUUGAGCCGUCUCAGAACCACAGUCAAGGACCCCUGCGCUCCAUGGUGGAGGACCUGCAGUCGGAGGAGUCCGACGAGGACGACUCUUCGUCAGGCGAGGAGGCUGCCGUCAAGACAAACCCGGGGAGGGACUCCAGGUUGAGCUUCAGUGACAGCGAGAGUGACAACAGCGCUGACUCCUGCCUGCCCGGCCGUGAGCCCCCACCCCCCCAGAAGCCACCCCCACCCAACAGCAAGGCAUCAGGCCGGAGGAGCCCCGAGUCCUGCAGCAAGCCCGAGAAGACCCUCAAGAAGGGCGCGUAUGACAAGGCCUACACAGACGAGCUGGUGGAGCUGCACCGCAGGCUGAUGGCCCUGCGGGAGCGCAACGUGCUGCAGCAGAUCGUGAACCUGAUCGAGGAGACCGGCCACUUCAACGUCACCAACACCACCUUCGACUUCGACCUCUUCUCCCUGGACGAGACCACCGUGCGCAAGCUGCAGAGCUACCUGGAGGCCGUGGCCACAUGACCCUGGGCCGGGUGCCGGCCCCCCGCCGCCAGGGUCCUGGGAGGCCGCGGCUGGGCCCCUCUCUGCCGACUGGCGCGCCCGCAGCACUGCCUUAGCGACCGCCCUGUCCUCGGCCCUCACAGCCAGCUGCACUUUCCUCGGCGGCCCCCCACCCGCCUCCCCAGCUCCCGGGCCAGGCGGGACUGGGCCGGCACUGCUGCUCCCAGCCACGCAGAGCCGCCCCCCGGGCUCCCCUGGGAGAGCGGCUGCUGCCGAGGGCGGCUGUGGGCCUUGCUCCCCAAAGGGGAAGAGACGGUCGCGGCUGGGGGCCCCUCGCCCGGCCUCGGGACCAGCCCUUGCCCCACAGCGGGCUGUGUGGCACGAUUUCACUGCCAGGGCGUCUCUGAGCAGCCGGACCGACUGCUAGGGGCCGUCCCCAGGCUCCCCAAAUGGUUCAGAACAUGCCCCCCACCCGCCUGGACCUCAGAAGGCCCCGCCUGUGCGUCCGAGUGUCGUCCGUGUGGACCGAGCGCAGGCCUCUCCGCCGGCUCCCGCGCUGGGACUCCGUGCUGUAUAGUUCUCUUACAUUAUGUGUGUGUGUGCGCUGUCUGUGCAAGAGCCGCGUCGGGUGUGCGCGUCAGGGCAGCAGUGCACGUGGGGGGGUGCGUACGGUGGGGCUUGUAGGUUAAGAUGUCUCCACGGGUCUUGUGGUCGAGGCGCACGGAGUCCUCCUCCUCUGCUGUUCCAAGGACGCCGCCUCCUGCCGGGGC